AUGUCAGAAAAUUUGCUAAGCAGGCCUUUCUUUGGAACAGAAUGUGCUCUGCGGCCAUCUGUGCCUGUGCUGAGGAAUGCCACACCCUCAGCAGGAAGCGUGUGCAACUUCUCCAGGGUUUCCACCCCAGCUGUGAGUUCAGCAUGGCUCCAGCCAUCAGACUCUAGCACUUGUUGCCAGCAGCUCAUGGACAUGUUGGAAAUGGAGACAACCCUAGGAUUGACACCUUUAGGCCAGGCACUCUGUCUGCCUCAGAGUCCAGACAUCUGCAAGGCCUGCACACAGAAUGUCCAUAUGAAGACACCACCUGUCUCUUUAACUGCCUGCAUACACAGUACUUCACAGUUCCUGACAUUGCCUCCAGCUCCAAGCCUGGAACAAAAAGAGAAUAACAGUAUGGAUGAGAUGACUGCUGAGCCAUCAAUACCCAUGAAGGCCUAUGAGUGCAUAACAGAAAAACAAGAUACACAGCACUUCCCUUUAGCACAUCCUGGUUUAGAGCAGCCCCAGAACUACACUGAUAAUGGGAACCUAAGGCAGAAGGCACGUUCUGAUAACUCCAAUUUGGGAAGUACUAGCCUUGCUCUGGAAGAGCCAGUGGCUCUGCAUAGAGUCAUGGAGUCCAGCAUUGAUCUUGAAGGCAUGACUACACUUGUGUCAGAUAUUCCCCUUCCCCAACUCUUAAACCCCCUCACUGACCUAGUCCAAUUGGAACAUCCCACAGCAACACAAUCACAAGACUUCAGAGUCUUCAGCAGGGAUCAGUUCCAGGAAAAUUCCACCGGCAGCAGCACAGACAAAGGGGAGCACAAGAAAGAGCAGAAAGCCUCUGAUCACCUUCAUGGAUCUCCCCAGGCCAGAAUCCAGUGCCAGGUCCUGUUAGAGGGAGAAGAGGGUGUGGGCAUUGCUACAGCCAGUGCAAUAGAUAUUGAUCACUUGGCCAAGCACUUGGAUGGCACAGCUCACAAAUCUGCACACAGCAGGGCCAGCACAUCUAGGGCACAGGGCCAAGACAAGAUCAAGAGUACCAGAGGAAACAAAACCAAGAAAACUGGGGAGCUGAAGCCAUCUUGUCCCAGAGCCAAGGUAGAAGACAAUCUCAGUAUCCCCAAGACGAGGAGGAAGAGGCAUCCAAGUGGGCUCAGCCAGGACUGCUUCUAAAAGCCUCGGACUCACCUCAGCAUGCACAUGCUGGAGGCUGUGCAGGUAUUUCAGCCACUGGGAAAGAAGAGUGAGAAGAAAAUUGGCAUCUCCUCCUCCCAGGCUAUACUAAACUCCAGCAGCAACAAAGAUCCCAGUACAGGCUGGGCCACCACAUCACGGCUGGAUGAGCCAUAUGAUCGUUGAGGGCCUGCUCCAACCCUGGGUAAUGCUCAGAAACCAGAUAGCAGUGCCCACAAGGAGUGUACAUCUCCCUCCCUGUAUAAGGUGCACCCUCCUGGGAAGGUCAAGAUAGUACCUCUGCCUUUCCAAAACAUGGACAAACCUGAAGCCAGACCUCUUUCUAGAAAGCUUCUUUCUCUGGCUUCUGGCAGGCCCUCUGCAGCUUACCCUGUGAGGCCCAGUUCCCACUUGGAGCAAUCUACCACACUUAAGCCAUUCCCACCAGCUCAUUCCAGCACAUAUUUGAUGGCCUCCAACAAGACAGCUGUGCUGACUGCCACCAGUGUCACACCACCUAAAAUAACCAACCAUACCUAUUCUUGCAGUAGGCCUUGGCCUGCUGUCACUGGGCCUGCCCCCUACCGAGCAUCAUCUCAUAGUUCACUCCCAACAGAGCUUGUUUCUACUGCCAGAAACAAGGCCCCAUCACCUCCCAAACCUCAAACACAAUAUCUGCUGCAAGACUUCAGCCACCAACCAAUUCCAUGGAGGAAAGUGGAUAUUCCCUGGCCAGACAUCUCACAGCCCAUCACAGCAGAGCUCAGGCCAAAGACUGAGGCCAUGAAGAGUUGGGCUUGA